AUGGUGUCAAAUAACAAGCAUUCAACGGAUGAUACUCGAAGUGAAAAUUCUGAGAUAAGUACUCCAACACCUGGUAAAUCUGAUUCAGGGAUCGAAUCCCCUUCGGAAUCAACAAAUAAAUUUCCAGGAAAAGAUCUUCCUCCACCUACUAUUGAGCAAACUCCUACACGUUUUUUGGCUUCAUGUUCAAAACUUGAUUUGGAACCAAAUCCAUUUGAACAAAGUUUUUCAGGUGUUGCCCCUAUUACAGAAAAUGCAGGAACAAGUAGUCCAAAACCUAGUUUACCUCCUUUAUCACAACUUGCAAGUCCUGGUCUUCCACCAGAUGAAAAUCAGUAUGGUUGGAAUUUACAAUCCUUGCGAAGUGGUGCCUUAUCACCAUCAAUGUUAGCGGGUCCACAAGAAACUAUCAUAUUCGAUAAUGUGCAAUCAACUGGUCGUACCGGAACUACUCCUCUUUCGUUUGUUCCUUAUCCAGAGCCUUCGCCUAGAUCGGCUGCUUUACUUGGAGCAGCCACUACCUCUUUUAACCCUAUGAUUUCGUUAUCAACCCCUGCAAAUCCUUCUGACUCAUUUGUUCGUAAUGUUUUUGGUUCAGGGGUUUCUCGUAUUACUGAAAAUGAUCGAGUUAUGUCUACAUUACCAUCAAAUCUUUUAAAUAUGUCAAAUGCAACAUCAGCACCUUCUUCUUCUUCUACAAAUGUCAUGGUAACUAAUACAUUAAAUCAUCAAACUUCUGUUCUUCUUGGAAAUUCUGCGAUCAAUAACCUUAAUAAUCGUAAUGUGCUCAAGGUGUCAACACAAGAUAUAAUAAAUAGAAUUCCAGAAACAAUUAUGCCCAAAACUGAAAAGGAGGAUCUCGUACAUUCGAAUAAUAAUAACGUAAGUGUUUUAAAUAACGGAAGACAAUCUAAUGGAAUAAAUGCACAUAAGCCACUAUCUCCUCUUUCGGAUUCUAUGGAUGAAGAUUCUGUACCACUCACCAAGAUGGGCAAUUUGAAUAUUUUAAAAUCUGGAUCUCGUGGAGCAAGACGAAAAGCAGAAGAACAACUCAUUAAUGAUCAUUCUCAAAAGAAACAUGGACAAAAAGUAAAAAACGAAAUGACUGACGAAGAAAAACGAAGGAACUUUUUAGAGAGAAAUCCCGCACUCAAAUGUCGUCAACGUAAAAAACAAUGGCUUGCUAAUUUACAAGCCAAAGUGGAAUUCUUGACUAACGAUAAUGAAACCUUACAAAAUCAAGCUCAAUCUUUACGAGAAGAAAUUAUCAAUUUAAAGACAUUAUUACUUGCCCAUAAGGAUUGUCCGAUUGCUCAAGCUAAUGGUGUUAUUGGAUUAGACUCGAUACCUCCCAGUAAUCAUGGAAUUCCAACAAAUGUGAAUGGCAUGAAUAUUGGACCAAAUGGUAUUCCGAUGGGAAUUGUGCAAAGUGGAAACGCAAGCAUGCAAGGCAAUGGAACUUCCGGAAAUAUGCCAAUGACAAAUGUGCAAGUUCCUCAACAUAUGUCAAAUCAUGUAACUGGACCGCCUGAUCUAUUAGAAGUGGUAGCUGAUAUUAAAGGUCAUUUAGUGGCUAAUAUUGUCAGUUUGUAUAUGGAAACAUGGGGUAUCAUCCGUUGUGAAUUAAAAGUUACCAAACAAAAAUGA